GGGCCUUCUUUCUAGAUCUCAAAGCCUGCUGUGAUGGAGAAUCUGGUGCAGCCCUUUCCCUCCUCUGCCUCUCCUGGCCCGCCUACCCUGGAACUUCCCGCCUGGAGCCUCCGGGAGGGGAGCGGUGCAAGCUGCCCGCGUCAUCUGAUGCUGUUUCCUGCAGGAGGGUGAAGAGCGGAAAAAAGUGAAACUCCACCCUCCACCUCUGCCUCCCGCCCCCCGGGGCCAAAGUACAAAGGGAGGAGGAAGAAGGGAACGGGGUCGGAGCCGUCGGGGCCAAAGGAGCCGGGGCCAGGAAGAGGUAGUCUCGGCCCAACUGGGGACGUUCCCCCCAGGCCCUGCGCGAGAAGACCCAACCGGAAUUGAGACGCUGCCCCUGGAGGCCCCACCUUACGCCUGCCGAGGGUCGGAGCCAGGCUCCCAGGACUGCUCCAGAACCGAGGGAAGCCCGGGCCCUUCCAAGCCAGCCAUGGUGAGGCGCCAGAGGCCUCGGGGCCCUACUCCCCCGGCCUGACCACACUGCCCUGGGUGCCCUCCUCCAGAAGCCCGAGAUGCGGGGGGCCGGGAGGAGACACUCCUGGCUCCCCAGAGAGGCGUGGGUCUGGGGCUGAGGGCCAGGGCCCGGAUGCCCAGGUUUCGGGACUAGGGCCUUGGCAGCCAGCGGGGGUGGGGACCACAGGCACCCAGAGAAGGUCCUCCACGCAUCCCGACGCCGGCUCCGGGCUAUGGAGCCCUUGAAGAACCUCUUCCUCAAGAGCCCUCUAGGGUCAUGGAACGGCAGCGGCAGUGGGGGUGGCGGGGGUGGCGGAGGAGGCCGGCCUGAGGGGUCUCCAAAGACAGCAGCUUAUGCCAACCCGGUGUGGACAGCCCUGUUUGACUACGAGCCCAGUGGGCAGGAUGAGCUGGCCCUGAGGAAGGGUGACCGUGUGGAGGUGCUGUCUCGGGACGCAGCCAUCUCAGGAGACGAGGGCUGGUGGGCGGGCCAGGUGGGGGGCCAGGUGGGCAUCUUCCCAUCCAACUAUGUGUCUCGGGGCGGUGGCCCGCCCCCCUGUGAGGUGGCCAGCUUCCAGGAGCUGCGCCUGGAGGAGGUGAUCGGCAUUGGAGGCUUCGGCAAGGUCUACCGUGGCAGCUGGCGAGGAGAGCUGGUGGCUGUGAAGGCAGCUCGCCAGGACCCCGAUGAGGACAUCAGUGUGACAGCUGAGAGCGUUCGCCAGGAGGCCCGGCUCUUUGCCAUGCUGGCACACCCCAACAUCAUUGCCCUCAAGGCUGUGUGCCUGGAGGAGCCCAACCUGUGUCUGGUGAUGGAGUAUGCCGCCGGUGGGCCCCUCAGCCGAGCUCUAGCCGGGCGGCGCGUGCCUCCACAUGUGCUGGUCAACUGGGCCGUGCAAAUUGCCCGUGGGAUGCACUACCUGCACUGUGAGGCCCUGGUGCCUGUCAUCCACCGAGACCUCAAGUCCAACAACAUUUUGCUGCUGCAGCCCAUUGAGGGUGACGACAUGGAGCACAAGACCCUGAAGAUCACCGACUUUGGCCUGGCCCGAGAGUGGCACAAAACCACACAAAUGAGUGCCGCGGGCACCUAUGCCUGGAUGGCUCCUGAGGUUAUCAAGGCCUCCACCUUCUCAAAGGGCAGCGAUGUCUGGAGCUUUGGGGUGCUGCUGUGGGAACUGCUGACCGGAGAGGUGCCCUACCGUGGCAUUGACUGCCUCGCUGUGGCCUAUGGCGUAGCUGUUAACAAGCUCACACUGCCCAUCCCAUCCACCUGCCCCGAGCCCUUCGCACAGCUUAUGGCCGACUGCUGGGCGCAGGACCCUCACCGCAGGCCCGACUUCGCCUCCAUCCUGCAGCAGCUGGAGGCGCUGGAGGCACAGGUCCUGCGGGAAAUGCCGCGGGACUCCUUUCACUCCAUGCAAGAAGGUUGGAAACGCGAGAUCCAAGGUCUCUUCGACGAGCUGCGAGCAAAGGAAAAGGAACUACUGAGCCGCGAGGAGGAGCUGACGCGAGCCGCGCGCGAGCAGCGGUCACAAGCGGAGCAGCUGCGGCGGCGCGAGUACCUGCUGGCCCAGUGGGAGCUAGAGGUGUUCGAGCGCGAGCUGACGCUGCUGCUGCAGCAGGUGGACCGCGAGCGGCCGCACGUGCGCCGCCGCCGCGGCACCUUCAAGCGCAGCAAGCUCCGGGCGCGCGACGGCGGAGAGCGCAUCAGCAUGCCACUCGACUUCAAGCACCGCAUCACCGUGCAGGCCUCACCCGGCCUUGACCGGAGGAGAAACGUCUUCGAGGUCGGGGCUGGGGAUUCGCCCACCUUCCCCCGGUUCCGGGCCAUCCAAUUGGAGCCUGCAGAGCCAGGCCAGGCAUGGGGGCGCCAGUCUCCCCGACGUCUGGAGGACUCAAGCAAUGGAGAGCGGCGAGCAUGCUGGGCUUGGGGUCCCAGUUCCCCCAAGCCUGGGGAAGCCCAGAAUGGGAGGAGAAGGUCCCGCAUGGACGAAGCCACAUGGUACCUGGAUUCAGAUGACUCAUCCCCCUUAGGAUCUCCUUCCACACCCCCAGCACUCAAUGCCACAGCAAACAGAGCUGCAGCCCCCAGGGACACAACGAAUGCUUCCCCAAUAUGAAACUGCAGGUGUGCGGCCAGAAGGCCACCCGUCUGGGGUUUCCUGAAAGCACUGGAGACCAUGGCAGUCACUGUUUUUGAUAGGUGUGUCAGCCUCGGCACCAGUGCCCUUCCUGGCUGAUGAAGAAAUGGAUUGCUGCUUGCCCCUUUACCUGAAAGGACUGUGAGCUGCCCCAGCUCAGUGGCUGGCUGAGCACAUGGUUCCCCUAGCCCAGUCCCACACUCAGCGCACCAUCUGGGUCCAUGAGAGUACACCAUGACAUUGACCUCACAGCCACCCACAGAAACCCAGCUAAGAAUCAAAGAAUGGGGCCUCACAGAGGUCCCAAACCCUCUGAGAUGGUCCCAAGCAUAAGCCACACCACUGGAGAACCACAGUACCGCCCCCACCCCGCCCCGCAACACCCUGUCCCAGUGGGCUUUUCUGGCCCCUGAAGAGCUGGUUGCAAGGAGGGGCACAUGGGCAGGGCGUACUCAGCUACACUGACAGCAGCUGCCCUGUGAAGCUUGUUGCCUUGGAGCCAAUAACUUCAUGGCCAUGCCCUCUCCAUGGUCUCUUCUCAUCAGAAACUGCCCCACAGAAGCAGUUUCGUGUCUGUCUUUGGGUCAGUAAGAGUCAUGCUGCUUUCUCCUAAACAACCAGGUUGCUAAUUCUUGCUGCCAGGAAGCUUAGAGGCAAAUUCAGAUUCUAGCUGAAUUACCUUGAACAAGUCACUUGCCCUUCAGAACCUCAGUUUCUCAGGCCAUUGAUGGCAGGAAGCUCUGUUCACUCUCAUUUUGUCUGCUAGACCCUAUCUUUUCUCAUCUCUUCGUCUCAUUUCUCCCUUUUAUUUUUUAUUUAUUUCUUUUUCUUUUUUAUUGAGACAGAGUUUUGUUCUGUCUCCCAGGGUGGAGUGCAGUGGCGUGAUCUUGGCUCACUGCAACCUCCACCUCCCAGGUUCAAGCGAUUCUCUGCCUCAGCCUCCUGAGUAGCUGGGACUACAGGCACGUGCCACCAUGCCCAGCUAACUUUUGUAUUUUUAAUAGAGACAAGGUUUCCCCAUGUUAGGAUGGUCUCCAUCUCUUGACCUCAUGAUCCGCCUGCGUCGGCCUCCCAAAGUGCUGGAAUUACAGGCAUGAGCCACCACACCCAAUUCAUUUUAUUUUUUAUAAGACAGGGUCUCCUACCCAGGGUGGAAUACAAUGGCAUGAUCAUGGCUCACUGCACACUCCACCUCCCAGUCUCAAGUAGUCCUCCAGCCUCAGCCUCCUGAGUAGCUGGGACUACAGGUACACAUCACCAUGCUUGGCUAGUUUUUGUAUCUUUUGUAGAGACAGGGUUUUGCCGUGUUGCCCAGGCUGGUCUUGAGCUCCUGGGCUUAAGCAUUCUCCCCACCUCAGCCUCCCGAAGCGCUGGGAUUACAGCUGUGAGCCACCACACCUGGCCUUUUCUUGCUUUUUUAAAUUAAUUAAUUUUUUUUUGAGAUGGAGUCUUGUUCUGUCACCCAGGCUGGAGUACAGUGGUAUGACCUCUGCUCACUUCAGCGUCCACCUCCCAGGUUCAAGCGAUUCUCCUGCCUUGCCUCCCCAGUAGCUAGGAUUACAGGUGUGUACCACCAUGCCCAGCUAGUUUUUUUUUUUUUUUUUAGGCAAAGUGUCAUUCUGUCACCCAGGCUGGAGUGCAGUAACUCAGUUCAGCUCGCUGCAACCUCUACCUCCCGGGUUCAGGUGAUUCUCCUGCCUCAGCCUCCCAAGUAGCUGGGAUUACAGGCAUGCGCCACAAUGCCUGGCUAAUUUUUGUAUUUUUAGUAGAGACUGGGUUUCACCAUGUUGGCCAGGCUGGUCCUGAACUACUGACCUCAAGUGACCCACCUGCCUCAGCUCCCCAAAGUUCUGGGAUUAUGAGCAUGAACCAGUGUGUCCCUCAAGUGACCCACCUGCCUCAGCUCCCCAAAGUGCUGGGAUUAUGAGCACGAACCACCAUGUCCAGCCUAAUUUUUGUGUUUUUAGUAGAGACGGUUUCACCAUGUUGGCCAGGCUAGUCUGGAACUCUCCUGACUUCAAGUGAUCUGCCCGCCUUGGCCUCCCAAAGUGCUGGGAUUACCAGUAUAAGCCACUGCUCCCAGCAUCUCUUACUUUUUUUUUUAAACAUUCUUUUUCCCCUUUCCGUUUAAACUCACUGUAAAUUAUCCUCUUCAACUGUGAAAUGCGGGUGAUAAUGCUAACCUCAUGUAGUUGGUGCAAUAAUUAUAAGAAUGGAUUCUUCCUCAAACAAGGAUUUGCAUUUUGAGAGCCAGGCAUCAGACGUGUUAAAGAGAAACACUGCCCUAACCUCCUUCGAUGAAGGAGGCAGACUCAUAAGUCCAGUAGCUCCUAUGAGGCAUAACAUGAGCAAUAACUGCACAGGUUCAGGGAGAUUCUAGGAAGGCUUCACAGAAGAAGUGACAUCCCAGUGGGUCUUGGAUAGUGUGUAAGAGGUCACUGAGGCCGGGCAUGGUGGCUCAUGCCUGUAAUUUCAGCACUUUGGGAGGCCAAGACGGGCAGAUCACCUGAGGUCAGGAGUUUGAGACCAGCCAGGCCAACAUGGUGAAACCCCGUCUCCACUAAAAAUACAAAAUUAGCCAGGUAUGGUGGCAGGUGCCUGUAAUCCCAGCUACUUGGGAGGCUGAGGCAGGAAAAUCACUUGAACCCGGGAGGUGGAGGUUGCAGUGAGCCAAGAUUGCACCACUGCACUCCAGACUGGGCGGCAGAGUGAGACUCCCAUCUCAAAAAAAAAAGUCACUGAAAGCUGAGGUGGGGAAGGUCAGCCAGCCAGAGUAUAUAGUGUGUGCCCGCAUGCAGCUCAUGAGACCCAAGGAAAAGGAAACCUGGCUGAACUCAGAGAAGAGUUGAGAGCCAAGGAGUCUCUGAACUGGGGCUUCAGGCAAGGGCCAGGGCACACGGGUCAGUAGAUGUUUAUUGAAUGAAUGAGUGAAUGAAGCUGGAAGUGAUAGGUAGUUUUUAAGCAGAGACCUGUCUUCAGCAGGUUUGCAUUUUAGAAGGAUUCCCUUGGCCCUUCAUUGGCAGUGGCCAAGGGUGGGAGUGGGGUGAGAUAAGAGGCAGAGAGUUGGCUGGGUGCGGUAGCUCAGCCCUGCUGGGAGGGUGAGGCGAGUGGAUCACAAGGUUGGGAGAUCGAGACCAUCCUAGCUAAGAUGGUGAAACCCCAUCUACUAACAGUACAAAAAAUUAGCCAGGCGUGGUGGCGUGAGCCUGUAACUCUAGCUGCUCAGGAAGCUGAGGCAGGAGAAUCGCUUGAACCUGAGAGGCAGAGAUUGCGGUGAGCUGAGGUCACACCACUGCACUCUGUCUAGCCUGGGCGACAGAGGGAGACUCCCGUCUCAAAAAAAAAAAAAAAAAAAAGCAGAGGGUCUAAGUAAGCCUUGGGACUGACAAAAGGGACUGUGAGCCGAGGCCUGGUUCAUGGCAGAGCCCAGCCUUGUAUUUUUCUUCCCAGCAUCCAGCCAACUGUUGUGCUCCAGGCAGUGGGGGAAAGGCAGAGGGACAAGGCCAGGGAGGGCUUCAGAAGACCAGCCAAGGAGGCCAGACUUUCUUCUAAUGGCAGUGGAGAGCCAAGCAGAUUCUAGAGCCAAGGUGGGAUCUGACAAAAUCAGGGCUUGUGGGAGGCCAUCCUAGAGGUCCCCUACCUUAAUGGGCUUCCCAACACUGCCCAAGUGAUCUAGAAUGGAGUCAGGCCAACCCUAAAUUGGAAGGUGGGACCCUCAUGUCUUGAAAUCUAAGGCAGAGUCUGGUUGGGAAAUGGUGGAGAGCAAAGGCUCUAUUGCCCUUGCCUGGGGUGGAGCCGGCUCUACCUCUCUGGCUGUUCAGCCUCACACAGCCUUCAACCUCUCUGAGCCUGGAACCACUGGGCUGUGAGGAUCAGACAACAUAAUGCCCCGAUGUCAUUCAGCUUAGGCCUGGCACAAAUACAUACUUUGUAAAUUAGCGGUGACCUUGGGCAAGUUACUGACCCCUCUGAACCUAAUUUUCCUCCUUUCCAGAAUAGGGACAGGGAUUUGUGCCCCUGAGGGCUGUCGUGUACCUUGGAGUUGACCAUGUGCACCCUACAAGCUACAGCUGGAGUGAGGGUGGGUGGGCAGAAGGGGCAGGGCUGCCAAGUCAAGAAGCAGCUGGUCCCAGUCCCCUGGGCCUGGAGGUUGACCCUGGCAGGCCAUUGAGAUUCACCUGGACCUGGCUCCAGCCUGCCUCCACUGGGACUGCCCAUCCAUCUUUGGGGUCUGGGGUUGCUGGUUGCCACUGGGCUUUAUUGCCACUUCCUCUGCUUGCACUGCCCUCCCCUGCCAGUUCCCAUCUUGUGGAAGGCCAGAAUGUGGGUAUGUGUGACAGGGAGGCUGUGGGACCAGGGAAGAUGCUGAUAGUCCUUGUUCCAAGACCAUGGAGAAGUCCUGGUCCCUCACCCAGAAGCUGCACUGGCCACAUCCUCACCUGUGCUGCCUCCAC